AUUUCUCAAGCAGCAGGGGAACAGUGAAGAUGGCUGCUAUGUCAUUGAUUUCCCUCUUUGUCACCCUUCUCUUCUCAGCAGCAAAAGCCGCCCAAUCACCCUCCGUCAUCGUCGUCGGAGCCGGAAUGUCAGGAAUCUCGGCGGCGAAGACACUUUACGAGGCAGGAAUCAAGGACAUCCUGAUCCUGGAAGCCAGCUCCAGAAUCGGCGGCAGGAUGCUGAAGGCCGACUUCAGCGGCUACACCGUCGAAAUGGGUGCGAAUUGGUACAACAGUGGAGGCCCCGUCGCCAACCCACUCGUUGAUUUGGCGAAGAAAGUGAAUCUCAAAUCUUACAUUAAUGACUACUCCAACAUCGCUGAAAACACCUACAAACAAGAGGGAGGGUUGUACCCGAAGAAGGACGUGGAAAAGGUAGACGAGGUGGCCACAGCACGAGAUGAAUACUGCUCGAAUUUCUCCAAAAUGUUGUCUCGCAACAAGAAGAAAGACGUUGACGUGUCAAUUUUGGCAAGCCAAAGGCUCUACGGAAGGCCGCCGUUGACGCCACUGGAAAUGGUAAUAGAUUUCUACCACAAUGACUACGAAGAUGCAGAGCCCCCGAAAGUAACAAGCUUGAAGCACACUUACCCUCGUGCCCAAUUCGAAGAGCAUGGCGAAUAUCCACAUUUCGUCAUGGAUCCAAGAGGGUUCGAGGUUCUGGUUCAGUAUCUCGCCAGCCAGAUUCUAAAGAAAGGAAGCCCCGUUCAACUGAAGCUAAAAAAGGUGGCGAGGGAGAUAGCUUACUCCAAGAGUGGAGUCACGAUCAAAACUGAAGAUGGUUCGACUUACUCAGCAAAUUAUGUCAUCGUCUCCGCAAGUGUUGGUGUCCUCCAAAGUGACCUCAUCCAGUUCAAGCCCACGCUUCCGAUGUGGAAAAGAAUGGCAAUAUCCGAUUUUAGCAUGACCAUAUACACCAAGAUAUUCAUCAAGUUUCCUUAUAAGUUCUGGCCAAGUGGCGAACCUGGAACAGAGAUUUUCCUCUAUACCCACAUCCAACGUGGAUAUUAUCCAGUGUGGCAGCAUCUGGAUAACGAGUAUCCCGGAUCGAACAUUUUGAUGGUAACGGUGACAGCGGACGAGUCGAGAAGGGUGGAGCAGUUGUCCAAUGCGGCCAUACAAGCAGAGGCCAUGGUUGUGCUAAAGAAGAUGUUUGGGGACAAAAUACCGAAUCCGGAGAACAUACUGGUGCCCAGAUGGGGAUCCCACCGGUUCUACAAGGGAAGCUAUUCCAACUGGCCAGCUAAUUACAACCAGGAAAAGCACGACCAGUUAGGGGUGAGUGAAAGAGCCCAGUAAUUCACCCAACUAAGAGUUUAGCCUAGUGAUAGUACGAUUAGUCUUGAACCUGGAGGUACCCGAUUUGAAUCCCCGUCAGUAUUAUAUUGUUUCUGUUUUGUUUCGCAGGCACCUGUUGGUCCAGUCUACUUUACAGGAGAGCACAACAGCAAUAAGUUCCUUGGUUACGUGGAUGGAGCUUACUUGGAAGGUAUUGCAACUGCCAACGAUUUGAUCAAGUGCAUCAAAGGAAAAGGGUGCAAAGGCGACAAGAACAUGGAGGUGUAAUAAGGUGCGGAGGGAAUCAGGCUGCAUUUCUUGCAAUUGUCGGUAGUAAUUCAUGUUAUAGCUCUCGGGGAGGUUAAUGAAGUCAAGAGCUCUGAUCACAGGAAGAUUUUAUGCUGCACUUUUCUCCAGUGGAAGCAUGGUGAUGGUUUGUUUGGUGUCAAAUAUAUACAUUUAGUAAUGUAUAUAUUUGAUCAUAUACAUUUUGUUUGUUAAAAAAAGGUUUUUGAAUGACUCAUUUUCAUUUGUACUAGAGAAGCCUGCUUGC